AAUUGAACACAGCUCAGCGGGAGCCUCUCCUUUCGUUCUUCUUUCAUUUAGAGACCUUAGCUUACAACUGGCGCGGCCGAGUUGUCCAGUCGUGAACCGAAAGCCACCGAAGAAGGUUGCAUGGAUUCUCAAGGCCAAUAGAGACAGUGUUCGAAUACAAGAAGAAUCCGAUAAGGAAAGUGUUCCGGAAGAAAUUUAAACGGAGUGAUCAACGCACAUGCUGAAGAUAUGAGGCUUAACACCGCAAUUAUCAUACUGGCGUUUGCGUCACUCUCAUACGCAAGAGUCUUGGAAAAAAAAGCAAUAAAACUGACCAACAAAUCUCCCAUUGUACUAAGGCAAGAUGUUGAAGAAUAUAGUGAUAGCGAGAAUGCAGUAGAUGGUAACAUUUCCGAUUCUAAUGCGGUAGAUGAGACAGACGCAAGUGAAAUCGUGAACUGUUACGAAGUGAACUGUAAUGAGGCCAGCAAUGUAAAUGCUGAUGAGGAAACCAACUCAGAAAAUAAUGAAGUUUUGCAAGAAAUCAAUCAGGUUCCUCAGGAGCCUGUAAGUGAAGCACCAGUUGUGAACACUGACGACGCUAAUCCCAUAAAUCGUUAUUGCAAGUGUACGACUUUUGAAUGCAAUUGUUGUCGUGAUUUUGCGUUACCACUUGUUCCUGUAAAAGGUCCGGGAUGCGCCUCGGUUCAAUAUUUAGAAGGUAAUCGAAUGUCCAUUGGAGUGAAAUUCGGAGAUCGAGUUUUGGCAAGUCGAGUCAUAUCAGGACGCAAGGCAACACCCGUGUGCAUACCACUGCCAGGUGGCUUUAACCGUUUUUGCGGUCGCAUAUAUGGUAUCAACAGAAGAGCAGACGAUCACUUCAAAGCAUGUCUUGGACUAGAACUACGCGCAGAUAAUGAAAUAGAAGCGGUAUUGCGAGUAUCAUGCUUCAAGUUUGGACCACGUGGUCUAUCGGUAACCGAGCCAGAACCACUACCACCAGUUGUUGAUGUUGAUGGAGAUGAAGAUGAUGAUGACGAUGAUGACGACGACGACGAUGAUGAGGGAGAUGAUCUGCUUGGUACAUUAGGCAUUGCUGAUGAUGACGAUGAUGACGAUGAAGAAGAAGAUGAUGAAGAAGAGGGAGCCGACCUGGAAGAACCAGAUGUACCAUCAUCUGAACCAGGAUAUACUGGGUUCAGUCUUUUGGAAGGAGACUUUUUAGGAGAUUUACUUGGAACCACUGGCCAAAAAAAGAAGAAAGCAAGCACAAACAAAAGUGAUACCACUCAAUCAUUAACCAAAGACGCUGCUAAUCUUAAGCCAGUAAAGAAAGCUACUGUACCGGUAGUUGAAGCAGUCAAAUCCAACGUUACAGUUACGAAAAUAAAGGACAAGGACGAUGAAGGAUCUGAUGAGAUAACAGAUAUUGUGGAAUCAAUCGUAACUGGAGGGGUAGAUGAUAGUGCCGAAAACGAUGAUGACGAAGAAGAUGACGACGAUGAUGAAGAUGACGAUUCAAAAGAAACCAAAGGGGUUACCGAAGAAACCACCAAUGACGAAGAUGAUUACGAAGAGAGCGAAGAAGAAAACGAUGUUAACAACGACGAAGAAAGUACUGAAGCUGCGCAAACAAAGAAGCCAAAGUUUGGUUUCAGUUGGAAUAAUUUAACGAGAUUAUUUCGAAUAAUUUCAUAGAAAAUCAACGCAUCACUGAAAAGUGAGAUAAAUCAAUUAACAACAAAUGUAUUUUAAGAAGACUCUGUAAAUCUGUUCAAAACCAAGACCGUAAACAUUAUUUAUUUAAUUUAUUUUAAUUUAUUGUAGUUAUUUAUUGCAACAAAAAACUAAAUAUUUUUAAAA